AUGUCUCGCAGCUUUUACCAGGACGACGCGAAUAAGUCGAAAUCUAUUGAAACACCAUUGGUGCCAGAUUUAGUGACUCUCACGGAUAUCACAACUACCACUCUUUCAAAUGGAAACCAGAUUUACAACUCCAAGACAUUAGACGAGUGGUUUAGCGCAGUGCGCGGCACUGUGGUCCACAAUUAUCAGAUUUACAAGUCCGAACUCGAAACGCAGAAAAGUGCGGUUUCAAACGAGUACCAAAGUCUCAAAAAACAUGUUUCUGACAACGUAUUGACGGACUCGUACGAAAACCAAGAGUUGCUGGUUCCAGCUAGUGUUUUAGCCGUCGGUGCAUUUUUCGGUGGUCGAGUGCUUAGCAACCGUCGCAACUGGGGGGUCUCGUCUUCAUUAGCAGGUCGAAUCUUCACAAGUAUUCCAAGCAGAAUGUUGCUGCCCUGCACGCUAGCAGGUGUAGUGUUCUCUCAGGUGACUCCAGUGACUUGGUCGCAAGCUGUGCGUGUUGUGGAGCGUGAUCUUGUGCCAGAUGAGUGGGUUUCAGCAUAUCAUCAGACUUGGGAAUCUAUGCACACCGACGGCGUCGGUAAGAAGUGGACAAAAAUGACAGAAAUUUUGGAAAAAUCCCUUCAAAGAAGCAUACGCACCUGUCGGGAGUAUGUCAUUGGAAACCAGAGGUAA